AUGCAGGUUGGAACGGCAACUUCCACAGCCAAUCCUACUUCAGAAUAUCUCAAUAGCACUGGAACCUGGAUAACUUACAUUCUUCUUAUCUUCGGCUGUCACCUUUCACUUCUAUGCAUUCCAUUUAUUUCAGUGGCGUCCGUGUGGACACUCACAUGCACUCUCCACAAUGUUCUCACCUACCUGAUUCUGCACUGGGAGAAAGGCAGCCCCUACGAGACGCUUGACCAGGGCGAGGCAAGAGUCCUCACCCAAUGGGAGCAAUUUGACGACGGGGAGCAGUACUCGCCCACGAAGAAGUUCCUUCUUGUCGUCCCAAUUGUCAUUUUCAUCCUCGCCAGCUUCUACACCCAGUACGACCCGAUUCACUUCGUCAUCAACGCCUCGACCCUCAUUCUCCUCAGCAUUCUCCCCAAACUGCCGCAAUUCUACCGCGUCCGAGUGUUUGGCAUCAACCGGUGGUAG